GCGGGCUCCGGCAGCAGCGAGCGGGGCCCGAGAGCCGAGCGUGUCCCCCGGGCGGGCCGGAGCCGCGGCUUUGGCGGCCGUGGGCAGCGCGUCCCGAGCCGAGGCGAGGCGCCCGAGAUGAGCAGCCCCGAUGCGGGCUACGCCAGCAGCGACGACCAGGCGCAGGGGCGGUGCUCGCUGCCCAUCAUGAUGCCGGCCAUGUGCCCGUGGGCAGAGUCGCUGAGCCCGCUGGGCGAGGCGAAGGCGAAGGGCGGCGCGGCGCCGUCGGGGCCGUCGGGCGGCCGGAGCAAAGGCGAGGCGCGGAUCCGGCGCCCCAUGAACGCCUUCAUGGUGUGGGCGAAGGACGAGCGCAAGCGGCUGGCGCAGCAGAACCCGGACCUGCACAACGCCGAGCUCAGCAAGAUGCUGGGUAAAUCGUGGAAGGCGCUGUCGCUGGCGGAGAAGCGUCCGUUCGUGGAGGAGGCGGAGCGGCUGCGGGUGCAGCACAUGCAGGACCACCCGAACUACAAGUACCGGCCGCGGCGGCGGAAGCAGGUGAAGCGCCUGAAGCGGGUGGAGAGCGGCUUCCUGCAGCACGGCCUGGGCGAGGCGGCGGCGGGGCCCGGGCUGGGCAGCGAGGUGUCCGGCGGCGGCGGCGGCGGCGGCAGGAUGUGCGCGGAGGGCCUGGGACUGGCGUACGGCGAGCAGGGCUACGCGGCGGCGGCGGGCGCGGGCCACUACCGGGACUGUCCGCCGCUGGGCGCCGCGUUCGACGGCUACGGCCUGCCGACGCCGGACCCGUCGCCGCUGGACGCGGCGGAGAGCGAGGCGCCCUUCUUCGCGGCGGGGCACCCACUGCAGGAGGAGUGCGCGCUGCUGCCCUACGGCUACGGGCCGCACCCGGCGGCCGCCGAGUACCCGGCGGCGGCGUCCGAGAGCCCGUCGGGGGCGCCGCUGCGGCGGCACCUGGCGCCCGGGGAGGCGCUGGGCGCGGGCGGGUCGCUGCAGGCGCUGCUGGGCUGCCCGGCGCCGCUGCACGCGUACUACGGGCAGUGCCAGCCGCCGGGCCCGGGCCGCGGCCCGCCGCCGCCGCUGCCACCGCCCGGGGCCGUGGGGCAGCCGUCGCCGCCGCCCGAGACGGCGCCGUGCCGGGAGCAGCUGGAGCAGCUGCCGCCCGAGGAGCUGCUGGGCGAGGUGGACCGCACCGAGUUCGAACAGUACCUGCGCUUCGCCUGCAAGCCCGAGCCCGGGCUGCCCUUCGCUGGCCACGACGCGGCCGCGCUGCCGCCGCCCGAGGGCGCGGCCCCCAUCUCGUCGGCCGUGUCGGACGCCAGCAGCGCCGUCUACUACUGCGGCUACCCCGACUUGUGAGGGGCUCGCUGGGCACGGCACAGACACUGGCACGGAGGCGCCCGGCCCCGCUCCUAUUUAUCUAAUUUAUUUGAAUCUUGAGAACUGACAGGGUAUCCGUGACCUGCUCGAGGUUUAAAAGGUGAUGUGCUGUCUUGCAGUCCAGGUGGUGCAGGUCUUACUGUCUGACCGUGACAUGUAAACCUGUUCCUUCGAUGGAAUCAUGACAUUAGUGGCACACGGAGAAUAUAAUUUCUGAGAUCUGGUUAGAGAUCCGUUUGCUUUUGUAUGUUUCACAGAGUGCUGGGUUUUAUAUGAUGGAUUUGUACAGAAUAAUUUUGCACUUUUACAAUAAAGGGAAAAUAAUAAAACUGGCCUCUGAUAACUCC